UUAAAGCCCCUCAUCUCCCCUCAGUGUGAAGGCAGGGCACCGGGGAGGACGGGUCGGAGUGGCCUGUGCAAGGCCGGGCAGAGCGGGAGCGGGGCGAGAGAAAACCUUCUCUCGGUUUAUCACGUAUGGCUCUAUAGGAGAAAUCAUCUCUGGGAAUAUAGUGGAAAGGACGGAGCUGGUAUAAACUGAAGGCGCCCGUGUUUAAUUCACACUUGUGGGUGCCCAGCAUGGAGAUGCAGAGAUGGUCCACGAAGUGGAAAACGAGAAGGUGGCCCUGGGACUCGGCUGUAACCGUGCUCAUCACCUUCGCUUUCCUUCUCCAGGCUGCAGAGGUCAGAGGAGCUGAACCCGUUGAUGUGCUAAAAGCAUUAGAAUUUCACAAUUCUCCAGAAGGAGUAACAAGAACAGCAGGAUUUUGCACAAACAGAAGGAAUUCAAAAGGAUCAGAUGUUGCUUACAGAGUUUCAAAAACUGCCCAGCUGAGUGCCCCAACGAAGCAGCUGUACCCAGUUGGAGGUUUUCCAGAAGAUUUUUCAAUAUUAAUGACAGUAAAACCUAAAAAGGGUAUUCAGUCCUUCCUUUUGUCUAUCUACAAUGAACAAGGAAUUCAGCAAGUAGGUGUUGAAGUUGGUAGAUCCCCUGUCUUCCUGUUUGAAGACCAAAAUGGAAAACCUGCUCCAGAAGACUAUCCUCUUUUCAGAACAGUCAACAUCGCUGAUGGCAAGUGGCAUCGAGUUGCUAUCAGUGUGGAGAAAAAGAGUGUUACAAUGAUUGUUGACUGUAACAAAAAAACUACAAAGCCACUUGACAGAAGUGACAAAACAGUUGUGGACACCAAUGGCAUCACUGUCUUUGGAACCAGGAUUCUGGAUGAAGAAGUUUUUGAGGGUGAGAUCCAGCAGCUGUUGAUUAUAGCUGAUCCCAGAGCUGCAUUUGACUAUUGUGAGCAUUAUAGCCCAGACUGUGACUCCCCAGUGCCCAAUGCUGCUCAGGCUCAAGAUCCUCGAGUUGAUGAGUACACACCAGAAGAUUUUAUCGAAUAUGACUAUGAGUAUGGGGAUGCAGAUUAUAAAGAAACUGAUUCUGUAACAGAGGGACUCCCAUUGUUCGAAGAGACAGUAGCACAAACAGAGGCCAACGUUAUUGAUGGAUUUCAAGAUUAUAGCAUAGCUGAAAAUGACUAUGGGCCCCAGACAGAAGCUCCCUCGAGAACUACUGAAGCAAAUGAGCAAAAUCCUGUUGAAGAAGUAUUUGCUGAAGAAUACAUAACUGGAGAGGAUUAUGAUAAAAAAACUGAGGCAACUGAAUAUGGAAGCAGAGGAGUAGACCUCAGUGAAUCUGAUCUGCUGGUAGAUGGAGAUUUAGGAGAAUAUGAUUUUUAUGAAUAUAAAGAAUAUGAAGAGAAACCAACUGAUUCCACUAAUGAGGAGUUUGGUCCAGGUGUUCCUGCAGAGACCGAUAUCACAGAAACAAGCGUGACAGGACAUGGGGCUUAUGGAGAAAAAGGCCAAAAGGGAGAGCCAGCUGUGAUUGAACCUGGUAUGCUCAUUGAAGGACCACCGGGACCAAGAGGACCUGCUGGUCUUACAGGUCCCCCAGGUCUACAAGGUCCUGUUGGUCCUCCAGGUGACCCUGGUGAAAGGGGUCCACCUGGUCGCCCUGGUCUUCCUGGUGCUGAUGGUUUAGCAGGUCCCCCAGGUACCAUGUUAAUGCUGCCGUUCCGCUUUGGUGGAGAUGGUGAGAAGGGCCCAACAAUCUCAGCUCAGGAAGCUCAAGCACAAGCUAUUCUUCAGCAAGCUAGGAUUGCUAUGAGAGGUCCACCUGGUCCUAUGGGACUCACUGGAAGACCAGGUCCUGUGGGUGGACCUGGGGCAGCAGGUGCUAAAGGUGAAAGUGGUGAACCAGGUCCCCAGGGUCCUCGUGGUGUCCAAGGUGCCCCCGGUCCAAGUGGAAAAGCUGGCAAAAGGGGACGUCCUGGAGCUGAUGGUGCCAGAGGAAUGCCAGGAGAACCUGGUGCAAAGGGUGACAGAGGAUUUGAUGGUCUUCCUGGCCUCCCUGGUGACAAAGGUAACCGGGGAGACCGUGGCCCACAGGGACCUCCUGGCCUACCUGGUGAAGAUGGAUCAAGAGGAGAAGAUGGGGAAGUUGGACCAAGAGGUCUCCCAGGUGAAGCUGGUCCCCGGGGAUUGCUGGGCCCCAGAGGAACACCUGGGCCCCCUGGACAACCUGGCAUUGCAGGUAUUGAUGGACCUUCAGGCCCAAAGGGAAACAUGGGUCCUCAAGGGGAACCAGGACCUCCUGGUCAGCAAGGAAUUCCAGGCCCACAAGGGCUUCCUGGUCCUCAAGGUCCUAUUGGACCUCCUGGUGAAAAAGGACCACAGGGCAAGCCUGGCCUCCCUGGCCUUCCCGGUUCUGAUGGGCCUCCUGGUCACCCUGGCAAAGAGGGUCAGUCUGGAGAUAAAGGGGCAUUGGGGCCUCCAGGUCCUCAGGGUCCAAUUGGAUAUCCAGGUCCUCGUGGUGUAAAGGGUGCUGAUGGUGUACGUGGACUCAAGGGAUCCAAAGGUGAAAAGGGUGAAGAUGGUUUUCCAGGAUUUAAAGGUGACAUGGGUCUUAAAGGUGACCGGGGAGAAAUUGGUCAGCCAGGUCCACGAGGAGAAGAUGGCCCAGAAGGUCCAAAAGGUCGAGCAGGUCCAUCUGGGGACCCAGGUGCUGCUGGUCCAGCUGGGGAAAAGGGUAAGCUUGGUGUACCCGGACUGCCAGGAUAUCCAGGAAGACAAGGUCCAAAGGGCUCAACUGGUUUCCCAGGAUUUCCAGGUGCCAAUGGAGAGAAAGGUGCAAGGGGAUUGCAUGGCAAACCAGGACCCAGAGGACAGCGAGGACCAACAGGUCCAAGAGGCUCAAGAGGUCCCAGAGGUCCCACUGGUAAACCAGGUCCAAAGGGCACUUCAGGCAAUGAUGGUCCUCCUGGCCCACCAGGCGAAAGGGGACCGCAAGGGCCUCAGGGGCCUGUUGGAUUCCCUGGACCGAAGGGACCUCCAGGUCCACCUGGAAAAGAUGGCUUGCCUGGGCACCCAGGACAGCGGGGUGAAACUGGUUUUCAAGGAAAAACUGGUCCUCCUGGUCCUGGUGGUGUUGUUGGCCCUCAGGGUCCUACUGGUGAGACUGGACCGAUUGGUGAAAGAGGCCAUCCAGGUCCUCCUGGUCCCCCAGGUGAACAAGGCCUCCCAGGUGCUGCAGGAAAAGAAGGUGCUAAGGGUGAUCCAGGCCCUCAAGGCAUUCCUGGUAAAGAUGGACCAGCAGGUCUUCGGGGUUUCCCUGGAGAGAGAGGCCUUCCAGGUGGUCAGGGUCCAGCUGGUCUGAAAGGAGGGGAAGGUCCACAGGGUCCACCUGGCCCAAUGGGCUCGCCAGGAGAGCGUGGAGCCGCGGGCACUGCUGGUCCCAUCGGUCUGCCCGGCCGCCCUGGCCCCCAGGGGCCCCCGGGCCCCGCCGGAGAGAAGGGUGCUCCUGGUGAAAAAGGUCCCCAAGGUCCAGCUGGACGUGAUGGAAUACAGGGUCCUGUAGGACUUCCUGGUCCUGCUGGUCCUAGUGGUUCUCCUGGAGAAGAUGGUGACAAGGGUGAAAUUGGUGAACCAGGUCAGAAAGGAAGUAAAGGUGACAAAGGAGAAAACGGUCCUCCGGGUCCACCAGGUCUGCAGGGUCCCGUUGGAGCCCCGGGUAUAGCUGGAGGUGAUGGAGAGCCAGGCCCAAGAGGUCAGCAAGGGAUGUUUGGCCAAAAAGGUGACGAAGGUCCUCGAGGCUUCCCUGGGCCCCCAGGCCCUAUUGGCUUACAGGGUCUGCCUGGCCCACCAGGUGAAAAAGGUGAAAAUGGUGAUGUGGGCCCAAUGGGUCCACCUGGCCCACCAGGUCCAAGAGGUCCCCAGGGUCCUAACGGAGCUGAUGGUCCCCAAGGCCCCCCAGGCUCAAUUGGCUCUGUUGGAGGUGUUGGUGAAAAGGGUGAGCCUGGAGAAGCUGGUAACCCUGGACCUCCUGGAGAAUCUGGAACAGCUGGUCCCAAAGGUGAAAGGGGAGAAAAAGGUGAAGCUGGUCCGCCUGGAGCAGCCGGACCACCAGGUGCUAAAGGACCUCCAGGUGAUGAUGGGCCUAAGGGUAACCCAGGCCCAGUUGGUUUUCCUGGUGAUCCUGGUCCCCCUGGGGAACCUGGUCCAGCUGGUCAGGAUGGUGUUGGUGGAGAGAAGGGUGAAGAUGGUGAUCCUGGUCAACCUGGUCCACCAGGUCCUUCAGGUGAAGCUGGCCCACCUGGUCCUCCUGGGAAAAGAGGACCUCCUGGAGCAACGGGUGCUGAAGGCAGACAAGGUGAAAAAGGUGCAAAGGGUGAACCUGGUGCAGAAGGGGCUCCUGGAAAAACAGGGCCAGUUGGUCCACAGGGCCCUGCAGGAAAACCUGGCCCAGAGGGUCUCCGGGGCAUUCCUGGCCCUGUGGGAGAACAAGGUAUGCCUGGAGCACCAGGUCAGGAUGGCCCUCCUGGACCUCUGGGCCCACCUGGCUUGCCUGGACUGAAAGGAGACCCAGGCUCCAAAGGAGAGAAGGGACAUCCUGGUUUGAUUGGCCUGAUUGGACCUCCAGGAGAACAGGGUGAAAAGGGUGAUAGGGGUCUUCCUGGCCCACAGGGAUCUCCUGGAGCCAAGGGUGAUGCAGGAAUUUCUGGUCCUGCUGGUCCACUUGGACCACCUGGUCCUCCUGGAUUACCUGGUCCCCAGGGUCCCAAAGGUUCCAAAGGAUCCAGUGGUCCUGCUGGUCAGAAGGGUGACAGUGGCUUACCUGGUCCACCUGGUCCUCCAGGCCCUCCAGGUGAGGUAAUCCAGCCACUGCCAAUUCAGUCACCCAAGAAGACAAGAAGAUCUCCUGACUAUAUGCUAUCUGAUGCUGGUGAUAAUAUUCUGGAUUAUUCGGAUGGCAUGGAGGAGAUCUUUGGCUCCCUGAAUUCACUGAAGCAAGAUAUUGAGCACAUGAAGUUUCCAAUGGGCACUCAGAACAACCCGGCCCGGACCUGCAAAGAUCUGCAGCUCUGCCACCCAGAGUUCCCCGACGGGGAAUAUUGGAUUGAUCCUAACCAGGGCUGUUCUGGAGACUCCUUCAAAGUAUACUGCAAUUUCACAGCAGGUGGGGAAACUUGCAUCUACCCAGAUAAGAAAUCUGAAGGAGUUAGAAUUUCAUCAUGGCCAAAGGAGAAUCCAGGAUCUUGGUUUAGUGAAUUUAAGCGAGGCAAACUUCUUUCCUAUUUGGAUGUUGAAGGCAAUUCCAUUAACAUGGUCCAAAUGACAUUCCUUAAACUACUGAGUGCCUCUGCCAGACAAAAUUUCACUUACAACUGUCACCAGUCUGUAGCCUGGCACGACGCACCCUCUGACAGCUAUGACAAAGCACUAAGGUUCUUAGGAUCCAAUGAUGAAGAAAUGUCUUAUGACAACAAUCCUUACAUCAAAGCUCUCCAUGAUGGCUGUGCAUCAAGAAAGGGCUAUGCAAAGACGGUGCUGGAAAUCAACACGCCCAAGAUAGACCAAGUGCCCAUAGUUGAUGUGAUGAUCAAUGACUUUGGUGAUCAGAACCAGAAGUUUGGAUUUGAGGUCGGUCCUGUCUGCUUCCUCGGUUAAGCUUAAGACAAAAUCAGAUCAACACAAAUGUUGCACUUUGGUGCUACCAACCCACUUCAUGCCACAUGCAAGUUUUGAAUAAGGAUGGCAUAGAAAAUGUCUUGCUGUGUAUGUAUGUCUUAUCUAGAAAGUAAUUGUUGCCCUUGUAGGGCCAGAAUCACAUGACUUAAACUUAUUUUGCAAAGAUGCUGUGGCACAGACAGACAACAUAGGGCUCACUUCAGGAACACCCCCUUUGGAUUCCUUUGGUGCUGUAAAAAAACCAACCACAAUGGUGCUCCUUCCAUUACAACAAAGAGGUGUUUAGAAAGUGUUUAAUAUAAACUGUAAUUAUUCUAUGUACAAUACUAUACUGUGAUUUCUCUGUCCACUUCCAAAACUUGCAUGUGUCUCUGAAUUGCAUCUGGCUUUUAUUUUACAAUUACAAACUACAUUGUCAAUACUGUGUAUGUAUUCUGAAAAAAUAAAACUGUAAUUGCCAGUGAAGCCAAUUCCAUUUCUGAUUAAUAAUAAAAUCCCUUUGUAUAUAUUGUUGUUGAAGAGCUUUGUUAUUUGAAGUCGCCAGUAAAAUUAAGGUGGCAAAACUGGAAGAUCUCGAGCAGCACACUCAAACAACUCUUUUCUGCUGAUAUCACUCUGUGACAAUGAAUUUAGAUAAUGAAAUGAAAGCACUUUCAAAGGUGCUGUGUUCCAUGGUGCUAUACCUCAGACUUUAUAUUUUCUAUUCUAAUUCCAUAAUUUCAUAAGAUAACUGUAUAUACCUAAAAUAAACAAAUUUAUAUUUUUGGGUGGGGAAAAUAUGUAAGAAAAAACCAAACUUCUGUGUAAGAGAACUGUUUAAAAUCUGUGAAAUAAAUUAGUCAUAUAGCUAUUUUUUUUAAUCUCAUCUGGAUUUGUUUCCAUUGUGCUUAUUUGGGCUACAUAAGUAUAAAAACUGGAUUUGAAACAGUUAUUUAUGGAUUUUUUUAAGUGUUUACUUAGAUGUUUGUGUAAGCAAUGAUGGAUGUUUUCUUCCUGAACUGGCUACUAACGGUUUCACAGAAUAGUCUAUACGAUAUUUGCCCGUCCCAUUAAUAUGAAUUACUUUUCUUACUGUCACUCCACCUGAAGGCCAGGGAUGCAAUAUGUCUAGGUCAUGUGAUUCUACACAGUUGCUAAGCAACAGCAACAGACGAGGGACUGCUUCCUAAAGAGCUGUCUUUGACCCAAACCUUACAUUUCACUAUUCAAAGCUCACCAAAAAACAUGUUGGUUUGGCCUUCCCUCUGAACAUUUUAUUCAGGUAGUUGGAAGUAGAAAUUACAUUUUAGCUUUACAACACAAAUCCUUUUGUAAUUAUUUUUCAUAAUAUAUGUAAGACUUGAAAAGAAAUGUUUGUUUCUAUUUCUUAUAAAUUGUUAAAUUAAAUAGUACUAGUUUCUGCUGGCUCGUUUCCAACUGGUAUUUUCUUAUGCACGUUUAUACAUGUAAAAGUGAGAUUCCAAAAGUCAUCUUCUUGCUGUUCAUAUUUUCUUUUAUUUUUGAACCAAAGUUUGUAACUGUCACCUCAAAGAGGUAAAUACAAAUUUUAUUAAUAAAAUCAAGUCUUGUUUAUCUGGA